AUUAUCCCAUUCGUCCCGGUGAUGCUGCGAAAUGACAGGCUGCUUCAUUGCUCUCGUUACUCUGAUCACGUGGUUAGCCGGACAACAUCGUCUCGUGCAUGCAAACAUUGAAAAUGCGUUGGCAGAGUUAAAACCAGUGGUAGCGCAACUACAGGCGGAGUUCGAUCAACUGGAGUAUAUAUUCUAUCACAAAAUAUCUGAAACUCCUAGACGGAAACUGCAUAAAAUAAAAAAGGAAUUCAUUCUUCAAAAUGAUAUUACGAGACCUCUUAUCCGAUAUAUUAAGGAUAAAGCAAAUGCCUUCAUGCAAGACAACUUGGAGGAAGGUGCAUUGGCUGAGGUUUAUGAUCUUUCAACGGACAUUGUUACCAACUUGGAACGUUUGAAAGCGACUGAAGAUGUCAAAUCGGAAGACGCUGACUCUGUAAUCAGAGAUAUUCAGGACGGCUGGAAUACUUUGAGUGAACUACCGUAUUUUGCUGAUGCCUUAGAAAGAGAGUGGUUGCUGAACCGCCCUGAUGUGAAUUUAGAAAGAUUGGCAGAAAUCACUUCGAAAUCGCUGAUGCCGGACUUAGAACGAAUAAAGAAAUAUAACAAGGAAAAUAAUUUAGCAAAAGUUGAAUUAUGGGAACCCGUAGCAUCCCUUCUCGGCUAUUACUUAAAGCUUGCAACAAAAGAGGAAGCCAAAAAGAAGAGUGCUUCACCUGAAGUUAAAAAAGACCUGAGAGCAAUGGGAGAUUUAGCUAAGGAAGCAAAAGAUACAGUUUCUAAACUUUUGAGUCCAAACAAAAAACAACGUAAACAAGCGAUGGCAAAAUUAGAGAGGAAAAUCGAGAAGUUAACCAUUUUCAAUGAGAAAAGUGGAGCAUCCUCAACACCAAAUCCACCAAUCAGUGGUGAUUCAACGCCAAAUCAAAAUGGUGAUACAACGCCAAAUCCAGAUGACAGUACAACCCCAAAUCCAAAUAGCGAUACCACACCAAAUCAAGAUGGCGAUACCACACCAAAUCAAGAUAGCGAAACCACGCCAAAUCCAAAUAGCGAUACCACACCAAAUCAAGAUGGCGAUACAACGCAAAAUCCAGAUGGCAACACCACGCAAAAUCCAGAUGACAGUACAAACCCAAAUCCAAAUGGUGAUACCACGCCAAAUCCAGAUGGCGAUACAACACCCAAUCCAGAUGGUGAUACAACGCCAAAUCCAGAUGGAGAUACAACGCCUCAACCUACAACAGAAAUUGCUCUUCCAGACACUUUGCCCUCGCUUGAUGGACUUUUUAAGUUUAAAUCAUUUGAGUUCACCAAAGCACUAAAAGUGAAGGAUGGCUGUAGCGUUACGUUGGCGUCCGAUGGCUGUGUCAUUUCCAUCACCCCUAACCCUGACACUUGUCUCACUGUUGACGUCAUAAUUGAAAAAGUUUUGAAUACUAUAAAUGGUAUUGCAGAAGCUCUUCAAAUUGGCUCUGUUGGGGAAAAUCCCAUUGAUAUGUCUGCUUUGAUUGUAAAAUAUUUUGAUAUUAAUGUCUGUGACGAAACUGGGUCGUUAUCUGUAUCCUUAUUUGCUGAUAGGGAAAUAACAAUUAUCCCCUCUGUACUAAGUGUUACAAAUAUAGAGAUCGACUUGUCAAUUAUACUACCAACUAAAUCCUUAAGAGUUUCGUUCAGUGCUACAUGGGAUUUAGGUGGGGUUUCUUUUGUUAUACAAGCAGGUUAUGAUAAUGGCGAAUAUGACGUUGUUGCACGUCCUGUUUCAUCUGAUGUGUCUCUUGCUACGUUGUUGGGAACCGUCUCAAAUGCAGUGAUACCCGGGGAUUCCACCAGUGCAUCCUCUCUUUUCAAUCAACUUAAGUUUAAUGAUAUAUCAAUCAGUGAUAUGAGCCUUGUAGCAAAAUUCACAGAUUUCGGCAUGGGUGUACAAUUUUCUUUCACAUCAACAGUAUCCGGACUAGGUAGCACAAAUAUCAUGCUAAAUUUCAAUAGAUUAAGGGAAGGCAGUGAAUUCAAUAAUGGAUUUUCAUUGGCUGCUCUAUUGAAAGACCUUACAUUUGCCUCAAUUAUUCAACAUCUUGCAAACUAUGAUAUUUCUAGUGUUCCUCUGAUAGGUACCCUAGCAUUUCCAGAAGUGGCUGUUAUUGGAGCUACUAAAGAGAUCCCCCUUCUUAUUGUCGACUAUAAUAGUGAUUCUAAUGUCAUUGCACUAUUACCUUCAGUGUCCAAGGGAAUCACUUUAUUGUUUAGUGCAAGAUUUGAUGCAAACUCAGACCCAAUGAAUUUUAUGGUAACAUUCACUCCUCCGAAGUCAAUUGGUUUCAAAGUCUUACCAGGGCCUCAACUUGACAUUGAGAGUAUCAUUAACAAACUCCUAGACUCGAUUAACCUUGAACUUCCUCCUGGCUUUCCUUUAGCAUCUUUUCUCAAUAGGGGUCUCUCAAAUAUGAACUACAAUGGUGACCUGAAUGAGCUUACUAUACCAGUAAUACUUGAAGAUGACAUAACUAUAGUAGAACAUGUGUUUGAGAUCGAGGAACCUCAGGUUGAGUUCGUCAUAGGAUUAAGUAAGCCCAGGACAUUAAGCUUCCAAGCAAGUGGCACGUGGCUUAUCAGGGAUUAUCCCAUUGAGUUGACUAUUAGUAAACCGUCCGGUGCUUCAGAAUUUCUUGCUUCUGCCUGUUCGGAAAGACCACUUGAAGUGGGAAAGGUCAUGGCGAAGUUUGCUGCGUCGUUUCUUCCCGAUUUCGUUGCAGAUGCCUUCCAAACCUUUUCCAUUGAAAAUCCAUGUUUUGAAGUGUUGAUAGGGAAAAACUUUGGGGCAAGGGUGAGUGGCACAGCAGUGAUAGGGAAUUUUGAUGCAUCUAAAGUAGAGGUGCUAGGAGGUAAAGUGAAUGGCGCCAUGCUUAUGACUCUUGGUGUGGUACUUGAAAGGACAAAGCUUAGUAGUGUGAUAGAUAAACUCACCAAGGGUAAGGUUGAUAUAUCCUCUAUUCCAGGAAGUAGAAUAUUUGACGAAAGUAGUAUAGGAUUCGUUACAUCCACCCAUGAAAUACCUAGCAUUGGUAGGAGUGAUUUAAGGUUCAAACUUCCUAUGUUAGGUGAUACUAACAUACUUGAUGGGGUAAGCUUAGUGGCAGAGAUAAAACUCCCAGAGGAUUGUUCGGGUGAUAUCGUCUGUGGAGUUUUUAAAAAGUUUGGUUUGGAUUUCACACUAAUUAUCAAAGGGCGCCUUGCAAUAAAUGAUCUUCUACUUGAGGUUACAAUACCAAGGGAUAUAGAAAUUGUCCAAGGAUUCAAUCUAUCAGGGAUUGGGUUCAGGGUCAUUGUAAGACCACCGAUGGUCGAGGUUGCACUUAUAGCCAGUUUAAAAAUAGAUGAACCAAAAUUAAGUUUCAGUGGUGCUAUAGGUUUUUCUACAACUGGAGGCGCAACUUUAGGCAUGGCAAUGGUCGGGUGUUGGACUAAACCCUUUACAAUCCCAAUCUUAAGGAUAUGUGAUCUUAACAUCAAGAUAGGCAUAACACCAGAACCUACUCUCAUUUCAGAGUUACAUCUAGGGGGCCGUGCUCAGAUUGGUAAGAUAGACGACCCUGAUGCUAAACUGUUUAACGCAUCUUUAUAUAUCGGUCUUAACAAAAUAGUCCCAUCAGAAAGUUAUUUCUCGGGAAAAAUUUCUAGUUUAACCAUCCCAGCUGUAUUAGCUGCAUUUGCCUAUUUCCCAACUCUUCCCCAAGCUUUGAAUGAAAUCGGUUUCCCUGACGCUCUUGAUGUAUCGUAUUCACAAUUUGGAAAGGUGUUGCCGAAUGGUGUAACAAUUCCCAGUGGGGUGAGGUUCAAUGGUACAUUACAAAUCCUUGGCUUUAAAGUCCAUAGUACUAUGCGCUUGGACAUCAAUGGUAUUUACAUAUUGGUAAUGGUCGACAGGUUUGACAUUGGGAAUAAUCUCAUCAGUAUUGACGGUGACGGUAAAUCUGGCCCGGAAUUGUUAGUAGACGUUGGAUGGAACCCUCCUAGAGCCACAAUUGAUAUUCAGGGAAAAGUAUGUGUGCUUAAAAUAUGUGCCUCUGUGAAUAUAACGAUUGAUAAACGGGGGAUUCACUUUGAGAUUGGGGGUAGUUUCUUGAAUCUCUUUGAGGCCCAACUUAACAUUACUGCUAAUUAUGCCUCCUUGGCCACUGCAAAGUUUUCAGUGGCUGGUUCCUUUAAGCAAACACUUCUGGAAAAUUUGAAGAACAAAGUAACGGGUGCCAUCAAUGAUCUUAGUAAAAAAGCAACUGCAGCCUUCGAUGCAGCUGAAAGAGAACUUAAUUCGGCCAAGGAAACGUUGAGGGACGCCGCUGAUGAUCUUCGUAAUAAGAAGGCUGAUGUUGAUAAGAUUCAAGCAAAAAUAAAUGCGAAAGCUCAAGAGAUUGGUAACCAGCAGAGUAACGUGGACAACUUAGAGAGAGAGUGGAAAGAAAAGGUGCAAGAUGCUAGAGAUAAAGUUGAGAAAUUGAAUGCUGCAAAGCGGGAGAUCACCGACUUGCAGAAUAGAAUUGAAAGUGGAGAACGUAUUUGUCCAGGUGGAUGUAAACGUCGUCGAAGGAGAAAUCUGCGCCGUGGUAUACAUAUAGUAUAUAACAGGAAAACAUAUACAGAUUUAUUGCGAGGUGUGAGACUCGAUGACAAAUCUUCUAAAAGUUUCCUCCAUUCUCGUACAAAGCGAGUUUACGCAGCACUAGCCAACAGAGCGAAAGCGAGAGACAAACGUUUCCUUGGAAUCGAAUUUAAUCCUUUAGAACCAGCGAGAGAACUCGCUGAACGAGCUAGGGAAGAGACUUUCUGUGCAGCGAAAGAAGCCGCAAGAGCUACAUGCCUGCUACCAUUUAAAACAAUGAGGGUUACAUUAGAGGGUGUGAAAGGGGGUCUUUCUGGCUUACAAUGGGCCGCGGAUUCCGCUCUCAAAGUGGCCCAGGAACACAACGUAUUAUUCGAUGCCGCAAAAGGAACACUGAUCGUACUGGAAAAGGUCAUGGAAGGACUGGCUGAGUCAAUGAACGCUGCAAAGGGAUUGAUGGACGCAGCAGCUUUCUUAGUUGAAAAAUCGACGAACGCUGUAACGGGCGCCCAACUAGCAUUAGAUGGCGUCAACGAGGCGCAGAAGGCCGGUUUGAAGGCGGCCUCUUUCAUUACCCGCCUCACUCUCGGAGGUAUCAUCAAUAUUAAAGAAAUCAGCUUUAAUGUUGAACUUGCUGUGGCAAAUACUGGUGAAUUUGGUGGAACUAUUGUCGUGUCGUUCCUUGGACGAUCUGAUGAUACAUUUUCCUUCCAAAUAAAGUUGUAUUCCAUAGAAAGCAUGGUCGGAAUAUUGGUCGAUAAAGUGAAAGAUCUUUUAAACCUGUAAUUGCCUUGUUUGUGAAUACACAGGGUCGUGUAUAGAUAAAUAAAUUUUGAAGAACAUGAUUGAAGAUUUAAAUGUGUCUUUUGUUAAUUUCGAAGGAAAUAAAGUAAGAAUGAGAUAUAUGAAUAUUAAAA